CGCAGUAGUUGACUAAAAAAUGUUAAAUAGAGACGUUUCGGCAUGUGUCUGGUCCCAUCUGUACUGUACGCAAAGUGUUAACUUAACAGCGCUCAGUAGAGUAACUGUACAUGUACAUGUGAUGUUAUUGUUAGCGUGUAUCCGAUAUCACGCAUGUGGUCCCUGAUCGCCUGGUUAUCUAAUUACUGAAUCAAGUGAUGGCAUACUUAAAGGUAUACAUCGUAUUCAUUAGGAACUACUGAUAAUUCAAACUGGCAAGACACUAUUUGUUUGUGCAUUCAAAAGUUUUUUACAUUGGCCUAAUCUGUACCACCUACCGUAUAGUCCAGCCGCUGUCCUUAUCGCCUGGGUCAGGUCAAGGUCCCACACUCAUAUGUCAUCGUCUUUCUUCCUAUGGAAUGGAUGAAAAUAUCAGAGAUGUUCCGAUAUUUCACGAAAAUUGCCAGCUUUUCUACUGAGAGUUAUUUCCCCUGCACAGCAGGUGCGAGACUGACACAUCGAAGGCAACAAAAUUGGGCUAAAUCACAAGUGAUGGCCGGGGUUACUGUUGAAGACUGGCAGUCCAACAAGAGUGCAUUGGCUUGUAACCGUUACAUGUUGACCAAUCAGAUUGCUUGUGAUGUGAGUUUCCUAGUUGGAGAGGAUCGUGUACGUAUUCCAGUACACAAGUACAUCCUUAUCAGUAGAAGCUGUGUGUUCUACUCAAUGUUCUGUGGGCCACUUGCUGAGACAAGCUCUGACAUUGCAUUGCCUGAUAUAGAACCUGAGAUAUUCAAGGCUUUAUUAAUGUUUCUGUACUGUGAGGAACUAGACAUACAGCCACACAUGGUUUUACCUCUGUUGUAUGCGGCCAAGAAGUAUUCCAUCCAAGCUCUGGUUAGAAAAUGCAUACAGUAUCUCGAGCUGGACCAGUCGUCAGAGAACAUAUGUGCCAUCCUGGAACAGGCUCACAUGUAUGAUGAAAAGGAUCUAGAAAGGAAAUGUAUGGAUUACAUCUGUAGCCAUGCAAAGGAUGUGAUACAGUCUGAGGACUUCUUGGAACUCAGCCCCACUUCUCUAAUGUGUAUACUCAAAUCUGACGAAAUACAGGUAGAUGAAAAGACCGUUCUCAUCUGUGUUGAGAAGUGGGCAGAUAGAGAAUGUGAAAGAAAGGAUUGGCCAGUGACUCCAGCCAAUGUCCGAAAGGCUCUUGGACCUCUCCUUUAUCAAAUCAGGUUUCCUCUCCUUGGAGAGAAAUAUUUCACAGAUAUAGUAGCAGAUAUGGACAUUUUAAAUGACACUGAAAAGGUAGAAUUGUUCAAAUACUUUUAUAAGACAGGAUCAAAGAUUGAAACCUUUAUCACACGUAACAGAUUUGCAAAUAACACUUCUUCAGGCAGUGAUUCUUUCCACAGUGAGUCGGACACUCGACCCAUACAGACCUGUAUGAGAUACAGGACAGUGUAUGAGGAUGGAUCAUGGUAUUGUGGUGGGGAGCCUGAUGCAGUCGCGUUCACAUGUAACAGGAGUAUACAGUUAAAUGGUGUGCUGGUAUAUGGAUCUUACAUUGGUGAAGGUGUUUAUGAUGUCACAUGUUCUGUUUAUGAUAGUUCCGAAAAAGAGAUUGUGACACGUCGUACUUCUCUGAAGACUAGUGAAAGUCAACACACGUAUCCAGUCCUGCUAGAAGUUCCGAUUGAGAUACCGAAGGCCAAAAAACACAUUCUAGUUGUGAAACUUAUUAGUUCUGAGGGACUGGACACUUAUCAAGGAAAGAACGGCAUGUCAUCUGUGUCUGUUGGCUCUGUACAAUUUAGCUUCAGCAAGUCGAAAUACAGCAGGAAUGGAACGGAUGUGAAAAUUGGACAAAUUCCUGGUCUCUUGUUUACAUGUAAUGAGGAAGAUAUUGAAGAAUUUUGAAAGCAGCGUAUACAGAAACAGUGCCUAAGGCAUUAAAAGUGUUGCCUAGACAGUUAUAUGAUGGCACUAAGUAUUAUAAUUGCAUCUCCAUGUUGCUGAAUCUGAUCGUGAUUCUGUUACAAUUAAGAUUGUGAAACAGUCUUCUGUUAACCAUCUUCUCUAAUCAUUCAUUUAUUUAUUUUGACAAAUUCUCAACAAAUCAAGAGAUACCACGAGUAUGCUGGAAUUAAAACAUCAAUGGGGGAGUUAAAAGUGUGAUUUGUCCCGUAAGGAAGAGAAUGUUAAAGAAGUGGGAGUUAUAAUGGUUGAGAGGAAAAUAAUUGGAACAUGUACAAGAAGAAUUUCACACAAGUGUGGGAGAGGCUCAUGAUCAGAAAUUACGUACACAUUGCUUCUAUCCUAAUGAAAUCUACCUGUAAAAUACUGUGUAAAAAAAUUGCUUGAAAUGUUGUAAAUAUUGUUUGUUAGAUGGCAACUUGUGUGAUAUUUUAAAUUUGUUGAUGAUAUAAUUUAAAUGUCUGUAUUAAUUGAACUUAAAAUGUGAUGAUGUUAGCAAUUUAUUGUUAAUACUGUCAGUAACUGUAUGUAUGAUGUUGACAUUUUGUUGUACAAUGAAGUUAAAUCUGUUUUCAUUAUGUAGUUAUUUCACCUGAUACACAGUAACAGGAUCAUAUAUAACAGGUGUCAAUUAUAUGUUACCGGUAAUAUAACAUUUAGUCUAUGUAGGUUGUGUCUACUUUUGUUCAUCUUGCAGUGAUCAUGAUGUGUACAAUGUAAAUGAAAUGUAUAUAUGUGUAAUUAACACUGUGUAUCAGCCUUAACUACGUAAAUUUGUAAUUUGUUGAGAUAUUCCGAAUAGUAUAACUGUAUAUGAGGUUAUAUAGUUCAGCGUUGGUUUGAAAAGAGGGGCAUUAGUAUAAAAUAGGUAAUGAACUAUAUCUAACUUAUGGCUUACACACAAAUUUGUAUACAUGUACUUUCCUAUUUUUUCUGUUGUGAUUUUACAAUAAUUUACAAGCAAAAAAAAAACGUUCAUGAAAACCUAAUGGCGAAAAAAAAGAUAGUUGUAAUAACAUCUUGACCGACAUCUUUCAAAAACAUUAGCAUAAAAAUUGUGACUUUAUAUAUACAUAGAGAAAUGUGGAGACCUUAUGAUAUGAACACUUUUAUACAAUAACGAUGAAAUAUUGUUUCUCAUUAUAAUAAUGUAAUGACAAUUGAACAAAACAGUUUUCCUGAUGAAUUUAUCAGAUUUUACAGCAGAAUCAUUAAUGAUAAUGUUGUUUUGUUUGUAACAUACCGUGAGAAACUAAUCCAAUGUAUAUUAAUGUCCAUUUUGAACAAAUAUUACAGUAUUAAAGCCAGAUUCGUGAUUCCUUGUUUAUUUAGAUGAAAGAAAAAUGGCUAGAAUGGAGUCAUUUGUUAAAACAUUUGAAUUAACAAAAAGGUCAUAAAUUAAGAUAUUUGGCUGGUAGCUAUAGGUUCUUUGGUAUGGAGCCCCUCAAAAUUUUGAAAGAAAUGACCUUGAUCCAUUUUCAAGGUCACAAACAACUUGGCCUGUAUAGGGACCAACCAACCAAUUGAUUUUCCAUUGACUUUAGUGGAGUUUGGAGUAUAUCAUUAAAAUUCUUGAAUUUGA